CAGUGAAGGAAGGACUGGGCAGUGAGACACUUAACCAGCCUUUCUCAAUGUAUCGAGUCGAGGCGCUACCCUGAAACAUGCCAACGAAAGCAAAAAUUACCGUUUUGAAAUUGUCUAUGCUGUUUAACAGAGGUAUUAAUAGGAUUAACCAAUGAAUCACACUUUUUUUUUAAAGCUUAUAAAAACAGGGUUGAUAGUUGACAAAAAUAGAUUUCAAAGACUAACUCUGCUAAUAAAGUUUUCUCUCUUUAUCCAUUGACUGCAGUGGCGUAGAAAGAUCGAAGGGGGGCAACAAAAAGCUUGACCCACGGAAAGGGGGGGGGCGUGCUUGCUCUAGCUGGGCCACGGAUUUGAUGGAGCUGAUGUACACAUAAUAUUUAACCUUUAACCUUCAUGGCUUGAUAUAGUCAUAACGUCAAUCCUAAAAUAUCGUUGAUGGCAAAGUGCAAUGCCAAGAUCGGUCAAGCAUCAAUUUGCCAUGCUGAGAUUACCAAUGUGCCCUACUAAAGAUUACCUAGAUUCCAUGCUUAGAUCACCAAUAUGCCAUAAAUGGUGUUCGUCCAUCGAAGUCGACUAGGACCAUCGGGUCAUCCAAAGGUUAGGGGGAGGUUGGGUUAGGGGGAGUUUGGGUUACGGUGAGCUCGUAGAUGGCUUGUUAGACCGAUCCGUGCUCGGAAUAAUAGACGGUGACCUAAUGUUGCUCUUUCGGGCAAGCCUACGUGUCUCAGCUGUGGAUAUCCUAUUAGCUUCAUGGGAUUAGCCCCUAUUAGCCCCCUUCUUGACAGAAGCUCUCCACCUGGCUCUGUCCUGGGCUGUCUGCACCCAUUGAGUAGGGUUUAUGCUGAAGGCCUUUAGGGCCACUUUCAUUGAGUCUUUGUAACGCUUUUUUUUUGACCUCCUUGGGAACGCUUGCCUAUCGUGAGUUCUCCGAAGAAUAUCUGUUUCGGGAGCCGGUGGUCUUCCAUACGGGCUAAAUGUCCCAUCCAACGGAGCUGAGACUGCAUCAGAAUGGUGAAGAUACUAGGUAGGUUCACUCUUGUGAGGACCUCGGUGUCGGGGACUUUUUCUUGUCACCUGAUGCCGAUAUGCCAUAAAUAGUUAGCCAGUGUGCCAUAUCAUGACUACCAAUGUGCUAUGCCCAGACCACCAAUGUGCUAUGCAGACUACCAAUGUGCUAUGCCCAGACCACCAAUGUGUUAUGCAAACUACCAAAGUGCUAUGCCCAGACCACCAAUUUGUUAUGCAGACUACCAAUGUACUAUGCCCAGAGUACUUUCAAGCCAAAUAAUUUUUUUCAUUACAAUCUUAAGUCUCUCUCUCUCUCUCUCUCUCUCUCGCCCCCCUCUCUCUCUCUCUCUCUCUCUCUCUCUCUCUCUCUCUCUCUCUAUAUAUAUAUAUAUAUAUAUAUAUAUAUAUAUAUAUAUACACACACAUAUAUAUAUAUAUAUUUAUAUAUAUUUAUCUUUAUCUCUCUCUCUCUCUCUCUCUCUCUCUCUCCCCCCUCUCUCUCUCUCUCUCUCUCUCUCUCUCUCUCUCUCUCUCUCUAUAUAUAUAUAUAUAUAUAUAUAUAUAUAUAUAUAUAUACACACACAUAUAUAUGUAUAUGUUCAUAUAUAUUUAUAUUUAGACAAUUUGAAAUUAAACUUUUAGCAAAAUGAUUCGGAUAUUCCCCAACAAAAUAUAUAUAUAUUUUAUGAUAAAUAAUUUUCCCCCGAAUUUCAUGUCCACUGCUCCACUGUUCUACAUUCACCAUUUGUUCCGUCAAACAGAGAUUACUUCAGAGAUUCGGGCAUGUUAUUCUGGCUUUAAAAAAUACCCUUCUUGAUAUUGUAGAAUUACAUUAUACCUUCUUUAAACAAAAUUGUUCUAAAUUUCCCAGACAUAAUCAUAAGCCUCACAGAGGUGCAAUAAUAGUUUACAAGAUAUUUUAAAAGUCGUUUGUCGUGUCAUUAACACUAUUAUUAUGUUUAUUUUUUUUAAAUAUUAUUUUUGUUGUUGUUGUUGAAAAUCCACAAUCUUGUUUAACAAAAAUAAGAAUUUCAGAUUGGGUUUUUCGGCUCACUUUCCAUUCGCGUUCAACAUUCUGUUUAUCCAUGACCAUGUCGGUGAAAUUAAAAGGUGGUUAGCUUAUUUUUACUCAAUGGAAAAAACAAAGAAGUCUACCCACCACACCACGCAAUCCCACCACGCAACCCCACCACGCAACCCCACCACGCAACCCCACCCCGCAACCCCACCACACAACCCCCCCCCCCAACCCCCCCACGCAACCCCACCACGCACACCCCACCACAUAUGACUCUCACAAAACGUCCACCAGAGCUCUGACCCACUUCAAACAAUAAUAAAGCAUUCAUGAACAACCACCCCCCCCUCCCGGAGUCCUUUCCCCACCGUCACCUUAAAUUGCGCUGCUUAGAAUGGCCCUAACCCUAACACUGGCAAACAUCCUAUUUUCCCCAAACUUCACCUCGAAAGCACCUUCUCCCCCACUUUUUUUCUUCUUCUUCUUUCUUUUUCGUAUUUACGUAAUAAGGGAGGACAAAUCUCGUGUUUGUCCCCCCUUUGACACAAAGGUGAGGCCCGUGACCACGUGACUUGUGACGCGGGCGUUUAAAAAUAGACCCCCCAGGACACUUAACUCUGGUGUUGGUUGGACUUUCAGCUUUCGCUCCUAUAUAAGCCCAAGCCGUCAUGGUGAACAUUACAAUCCUGAUUUCCUGAGCUUCUUACAAAAUCUUCAAAUUUAUCCGCAGAACAAAAAGUCAGCCGACACCAUCACGUUUUCUGUGUCGCCGUGUGCUGUCUGAGAGAUGACUUUUCGAUACAUCGUCCUGCUGGCCACCCUACUAUCGGGGUGCUUGAAUCUCAACGACGGGGCGCCUCCCCCUCCCCCGGAUGUUAACCCCCUUGGCAGAGCGACGUCCAGUUUCGCCCAGACGUUGUACGAUGAACUGGCCGCUAAGCAGGUGGGGGCCAUUUACUCGCCCUUCAGCGCUCACGCCGUCCUGUCCUUGACCUACAUGGGCGCCAGGGGCACAACGGCGGGUGAGAUGAAAUCCGCUUUACAGGUGAGUGGAGAAUUUGGUUAUAAGUAGAGGCGUGGCGAGAGUGUUUGGCGCCUGGGGACAUCUACACCCACUGCCCCCUUUCGCUACGCCCCUGGCUAUAAGCCUAAGUUUAAGUAAGCUUUACAAAGAAUAUAAACAGCGAAUUCGCAACGUUUUAUUUUAAUAUUAUUGAUUUCUAAUUAUGUUUAAAUAAACACUUUAUCGAUUGUAUGGAACAACGACGACGCGACAAACACUCCAAUGCCAUCUAAGAGUUUAUUGUUCAAAUGAGUAAUUCGCGCCACUAUCAAUACUAUCAUGGGCGCAGUUUUCUUUCAAUUUCUACGAGAUUGGGGGUGGGGGAUUUCAGAUUUUUUUUUAAUGUGUAGUGCCAGUGGUGGAGAAAGGGGGACGAAUCGGGUGGUCCACCCAGGGGAACUCACCACUUGUCCCCAGAAAAUUUUUUAUAUUUUUUUUGAUAAAUGCAAGAAUGCAUUUGAGCACAUACCUGAAUUUUGUUUUGCAUCAUUCUACACUUAAAUGUAGUUGUAACUUGACCUCAGAACGCCAUGUGGGGUCUGCAACCCCCACAGCUGCAGCAGAGGGCCUGGCAUAUUUAAGAGGCUUUAAGUUUUUUUAAUUAAAACUCUUUUAAAUGUUUACUUUGCAUAUGCAAAAGGGAGAGGGUUGUAAGAGGGCCUCGAAAAAUUCAGUGACGGCUCUGUUUGACCUUGUUAUGUUAUAAAAUAUAUUUUUUUUACAAUUUUAUUACUAAUCACUAAUGUAAAAAAAAUUUUCACAAAGUACUUAAUUAACAAAAGACUAUUUAAACCUAAUUUCCCUUUCAAAAAUGAGGUUUCCAUUACUUAAAGCUCUACUAACAUUUUUUUUUCAUCUCGUAAACAAACAUUUUUUUUCAAAAUUAAAAUUAUUUAUGUAUCAUAAAUUGCAUUUUCUGAAUGUUUCCAAGUUGUACCAGGGUCAAAUAGUUUGUUUUGUUUGUUUUUUUAAAUACUGUUUGUAGUGAGGUUUUAUCCCUUGCUAUGGGGCUUUGAAACGGUUGGUUCAUUUUCAUAAAUCCUAUAUUAAUGCCAUAAUUAUGUUAACAAAAUCUGUGAGAUGAUUACAAAAGGCAUCAAAUAGUUAUUAAUGUAUAAUUUUAUCUGAUAUAAAAUGUAUAAAAAUAAAGUAUAAUUUCUAUUAAAAAAAGUAUAAUUUCUCAAUAUUCAGUUUAUUGAAAUGUGUUUUGCAUUUUCAAACCACUAUAACUUUCUUUAACGAAAAAAAACCAAAACUCUCAGUUGACCGAAAAUGACAACUUUCCUCAUUUCAAGAAAAAAAAAUGCGUCAUGGGGUGGAACGGCCCCCUCCCCCCACUCUCACGCGCUUCUCUUCCGACGCUGCCAAAAAAACUGUAGUAAACAUGAUCUAUUAUGUUUUUAACAUUUCGGCCUACAUUUGUGUAAAGUCUAUUGAGCAGAUCGAUUAAUGACAUCUCAUAGUCCCGUGAUUGUGUUAUAUUGUUUCUUAUAUUUUUCUAUAUUUGCCCACUCUUCAUCAGCUCAGCAACGUUCAAGACCCGCAUGCAACUUACAGAGUACUCAUCACCAGCCUCAACUCAGCGCUGAACAUCAAACUGCUGACGGCCAAUGGAAUGUGGAUACAUCCUGACUUCCAAGUAUUGCAGCAAUUUAAGGUAAGCCCUCUUUCUCCGCUUGUAUUCUGCCGUUAUCUUAUUUGGAGAUGAGAGGAAAACAUACCAUAAGAGUCUGGACGCUGAAAUGUCAAGAGCAAAACCCAUCCCUGUAGCACUACAGUCCAUAGUAGAGCUUUGGCCUGCCUCACCACUUCCUUCCAUCCAUCCCUUGGGCGCUACAGCCCAUAGUGGGGCUCUGGCCUGCCUCACCACUUCCUUCCAUCCAUCCCUUUAGCGCUACUGCCCAUGUGCAUCAACUACUAGAGUUGUAUCCUGAAAUAGACUAUGCAGUUCCUGGUUGGUUCAUAUUCUCUAUAUGUUCAUCAUUUAUUGUUUCGUAUUCUCUAUCCAUGUUCAUCCUUUUUUUGGUUCUUAUUCUCACUUUUCAUGAACAAAAUGAGUAGUAAAAAUUAUGUGUCACUCUGUUUCUAUAAAGGUAACAUAAGCUCAGUGUCAGGGCUUCUCAAAAAUAUUAUGGGCAUCUGUUCACAGAGAUAGCGUGUUCAAUUGUCGGUUAAAAAAAAGGGGGGGGAUCGAUUUCAUAUUUAUUUAUUUUUUAUUUCUUAAUAAUAUUUUUUGAGUGGAGGCAUGUUGACAGAUAAGUAUCUAUUUAGAUAUUGUGACGCCCUAAGUCAGCCUUGAGUUUGCCGCCCCUAGUUCAAGAAAACCACACAAAAAUACAGAAUUCAUACAAAAAAAAGCGAUAUAAAAUAUAUGGAGUACACCCAAAUUGACACCCCUAAAAAGUGACUACCAAGGGAGACAGCUCCCAAACCCCCCCCCCCUUUCCCCUUUUCUUACAGCCACACAUGUUAUAAGACAAUACAAGCCCAGUUCACAAAAAAAAGCGAAAUAAAAAAUAUGGAGUACCCCCAAAUUGACACCCCUAAAAAGUGACUACCAAGGGAGACAGCCCCCAAACCCCCCCCCCCUUUCCCCUUUUCUUACAGCCACACAUGUUAUAAGACAAUACAAGCCCAGUUCACGUAAAGACAAAGCUGAUAAUAUAAAGGGACUUUGAUCGAAAGUGCAUGGCAUAGACACAAAAUAACAACAAAGAAUGUAAGCAAAUUAUACUUAACUGCAAAACUGGGCACAGCAAUUACACGGUAUAACGUCUCUCUUGCAGGAUGACGCAGCUACAAACUACUUUGCCAAGGCUGAGAACAUCGAGUUCGCGGCACAGGGUGGGCCCGAGGCCCCCAUCAACGAAUGGGUGGCCAACAAAACAGAGAACAAGAUUAAGGACCUCCUGCCGCCCGGGACGUUGACCCCUGACACCAGCAUCGUCCUCGUGAACACGAUUUUUUUCAACAGCACCUGGAAGAAGCAGUUCCUGGAGUACAACACCAAACGGGUCAACUUUUACAAGGCCAAUGGGAAAACCGCGCCGGUCGAGCUGAUGAACCAGGUGGACGACCUCGACGUCAAGGAAUCGGCCCUCGAGAACUCCGACCUCCUGAGGAUCCCGUUCACCAACGAGAGGUUCUCGUUUUACGUCCUCUUGCCCAAAUCGGCGUCGGGGUUGGAGGCGGUCGAGAAAAAAUUCAUCGGCAACAACUUCGAUGUGAAUGGAUUGUUUGCAGGUCUCACCAGGAGGAGGGUCGACGUCAGCCUGCCCAAGUUCAACCUCACGGCGACGAUGAAGCUGAACGAGGCCUUGAAGAAGCUGGGCAUGUCCGAGGCCUUCUCCAGCUCGGCGAACUUUUCGGGAAUUUCCAACAGCAGCAUCAUGAUCAGUGACGUCAUCCAGAAAGCCGUGAUUGAGGUCAGGGAGACGGGCACGGUGGCCGCCGCAGCCACGGCCGUGAUCGCCGUCAGAACGAGCGCCGUGAUCCAGCGCGAGACGCCGUUUGUUUUCAAGGCCGACCACCCGUUCAUCUUCUGGAUAAGGGAUGACACAACAGGAACUGUGCUGUUCCAAGGGAAGUUCGCCGACCCCGCUGUCAAAGAAAUCAACAUCAAGUAGGUGGUGCGCAUCAAGUACAGUGCGCAUCAAGUACGGUGCGCAUCAAGUACGGUGCGCAUCAAGAAGGGCGUGCAUCUAUAUUUAAUAUAACUUUCCUGACAAUUGGAAAGGAGCCAGAUAAGAACCUAGAAUUACCGUUCAUGAACAUGAUCUUAGGUUUUGUUGUAAUUUUAUGAUGGUUUCCAAUCUGGUCGUUUCAAAGCUUUUAUCUUGGAUCAUGUUGUUUUUAUAUGUUGAAAUGUGUGCUCUAUAUGACAAUGUUGUUUUAUAUGUUAAAAUGUAUCCUCUAUGCCAAUGUUGUUGUUCACUUUAAUUUUAAGAUUGUUGCCUCUUUAACUACGUACGGUAGAUUGGGAGGCUGAUUCAACAGGUUUUAAAAUGUUUUACGCAUCCACGGUAAUUACCGUAAUUUUACGGUAUGUUUAUUGUAUUUAUAUAUAAUUUAUAUAUAUCAUGUUUACUGAUGUACUGACAAACUGCUGAUGUUAAUAAAGUUUGUAUAUUUACCUAA